CGGAGCGUCGGGCCGCUCCACGUCGCGCUCGAAGCCUCGAUCGAUCGAUGGAUCGAUCGCGCCGCCGCGUCCCUCCUCCUGCCGCCCGAUCCUUCGAGAAGUCGACCGAUCGCCCGUUCAGUCUGUCGUCGAUCGUCGAUCGUUGAUCGAUCGGCCUCGUCGGUUCGUGGGGCAGAGAGAGGAUCAUAGGUGAUCGGCCCGGUGAAAGUUUUCCAUCGAAAGCUCCAUCCGUCCGCGGUCAUGCUCGUUCUCGUCGCGAGAAGUUCCGAGGUGCAGGUGAACCGCGUGCGUGCCACGAUCCGCGCCUUCGCCCGAUCUCGCGGGUCCUGAGACAGGCGAUCCCGAGGACCUAGACGUACCUUUUGCUUGGAGAGUCUUCGGCUGAGAGCAGUGAGAAAGGACGAACACGUUGGUGAAACUGCCGAUCCCUCGCGAUUCCUAAUUACCUGCCGCGAGUCUUAGUGUCUAUGAAAUCGUGAAAACCCGGCCGUGUGUGACGAUGUCGUCGAGUGGUGAAUUUUCGACCCUGUCCAGUGGCGAGGCUACUGGAACUGGCGACGACUCGUUGCCCAGCUCGCGAGAGGCCACCGCUGAGGCCGCGAGUUCCGGUGCUGGGUUCAUGCCUCUGCGCGAGUUUCUGGACAGAUUCUCGUUGCCAAGAGUGGUGAGGGUGGAGGGUGCAGGUGGAAGGCCGAUACUGUUGUACAAACAACAGCAACGAUCGCUGAGAGUCACGGCUACCCUGCUGAUGCAUCGUUACCGCCAUGACGUGAAGGUUGGGCCUGAGAUCGUGAUUCCAGAGGGAUAUCCCGGCUGGUUCUCUGUUGUCUCGAACAACAGUGGUACCGGAAGUGCCAGGGUGUAUCGACGAGUGGGGGCGCUGGUUCGCGCCGGUGUUCCAGCAUUUUUGCUUGCCAAACCUCUGCGAGCUUACACGCUGACACACUCCAAAAUGGAGAACGGUAACCUGAGGGCUCACUAUACAAAAACGACAGUUCGCGCCGGGGAAGUUCUGCGACUGGCCGCGGUUUUCCAAGACACUAGGAGGGCACCGGUUUCCAGCGGUAUUUCCGGCGUCGUUAGCGGCGUCCCGGAGGGCAAGAGUUCAAGGUCGUCGGAACGAGAUCAGUACGCGCAGUGCCUAGAUUCUCACGGACACGAGCUGUUCGCGCCGCUUUCCGCUAGAGGAGAGUUCUACGCCACUUGCCAGAGCGGCAGCCUCGACACCGGAAGCGACGCCGUGCUCUACAGGGUCCACCAGCUUGCCAGAAGGGACCUACCUCUCAGGGUACGCCUGGUCGCCGGACCUUUACCGAUACCACUGCCACGAGAUUACAGCGGCCUGAUGCAACUGGAAGGUGCGACAAGGGGUCCCAUAGUAUUAGGAUGCGCGGUACCUCUGAUGCCAGAGAGGCCUUUACCAAAUUCCACUGUCCCAGAACUCCUGGAACUCGUGGCCACAGGACCAACGGCGCCGCGAGUGAAGAGGGCGCGACUGGGUUGUCCCUCCGAGGCGAGGUUGCUGGCGUCACCCAAGAUGCAGCGAUUACUUUCAGCCUGCAGGAGAGCACUGGACCAGAGAGCAACGGAACCACGCGUGGCGCCCCCAAAGCCGCCCCCCAGUGGCGGCCAAUUGAAGGAACUGCAUCUGAAGGAGAUCAAAUCGAAGCCAGAAGCGAAGCCGAUCCUUCAGAGCUUGAAGGAAGGGUUGGAGCACAUCAAACGAACGACUAUCAGGGAUCGCAGCAAUAGUCGGGCGAGCAGCAACAACCAUAGCUUCCUCGACCGGAUCUCGAGGAUAGCUCAGGGUGGCAGAAGCAGGAACCCAGCGAAGAAGUCGGCCUCUUUCACGUUCGCUGUUCGACCGGAAAUCGGCAUGAGGUCCGAGAGAUACGCUAGCCUCGAGUCAGAGACGAAUCUACUGCAGGCAUCGCCCUCGUCGAGACAGCAGGUUCAACGAUCGGUCUCCACCAGCGUGCUGGAGGUGCAGACGCAACAGGACCUGGACCCACCGUACUCCAAGGUCAGGGAUAGUUUAACCCCGCUACCAUCCACUCCUCCAUCGAAGACAGAAGAGAUUUAUGCGGAGAUCUGUGAACCUACGAACGCUAGCUCUCCGGAAGAGAAGCCUCCACCUCCGCCACCUGGUGGCAAGAACGGGACCAGAGAGAAGGACAGGGGUUACGUGAAGCUGGCCUUGUCACAGUCCGAAGUCUCCGACCUGAAUGGCGAAGAGGAAGAGGGGAUCUAUAACACUGUCUGCUGAUCGUGAAUCUUUUAAGCUGGACGAGACAUCGUGUGUUUAGGAAUACAGGGAUCGUGUACGACGAGUGACGAUGGGAUAAUUAUGGUUCGAUGUGUAUCGCAACUUCCGGUGCUGAAGGAUCACGUUGCUCGACAGGAUUGAGUGAUCACUUGUAUUGCAUUACGCCAAGAAUUGUUUUUAAAGUUCAGAGUAAUUCGUAUUCGAAAAUUCAUGGGAUGCUGGAGUCGCGAAGGAUCCCGAGUGUUUCGAAUUUUUGUAUCGGAAAGAGGUAGGUAUAAAUACUUGUUUGCUUCUAGAGAGCAACUACUAGUCGUGGUUUCCUAUAUAUUUUCAUAUAAUCAUCGGAUCUUCCGUGGAUCUUGAAUUUAUCCCGAAAUGAUAAUUAUUUUUUCAAUUAUCUUGACAGUAGGAAAUUCAAAUUAUCGCUGUAUUUACCAAAAAGAAGUUUGGUCCAUUGACAUACAAAAAGCCAAAAAUAUUCAGGUUAAUCUAAUCUCGUAUCUUGAUAUGAAAUAUUUAAGAAACCAUGAUGUUCCCCAUGAAGGGGUAAUUAUGUUCCACUGAGAGAAGCUAUAGGACAAUACUAUUUUCCAAAUCACCAGAAACAGAAAUCAUAUCCUUUUAGAAAAGCUUCAAACAGGAAGUUAAUAAAAGCUUAAUCCUACACAUGCGCCCCAGAAAUUAUUCGAAGCUACUCGAACAAGAGCCAAACCUGUCACCAGAUAAUCCACAAAAAUGCACAACGCAAUCCUGCACAGUAGAAAACAAAAUAGUCAAACGAGUCUCUCUUUAAAUCAACUAACUCUGCGAAUCCUAACCUCAAAAAUUUCAAAAAUCUCACAAAUCCCAGCCAAUCUAAACUUCCCGGAGACCAAAUCCCAAAUGAUUCAGGACCAUCUCGAAAGACCCUUUUAUUCUGACCAAUGCACCUAACAAUGAGCUCGUGAUACAAGUGACAGCCGCAGUCCCAUCGAGCAUCCUGGGCCAAGAUCCGCGACGGGUCCGAGCGACCGUCGCCGGUCCCAGUCCGACCUGGGCUCGUCAACGGACUCAUUAACACGGCGGACAUUAAGCAUGAGUAUACAGAACGAGCAGAGUCGUUGGUAGUUCAUUGACGGGGAUAACGUGCGACUUCCUGGGUCGGACCGGAGAACCGUUCGGUGAGGAACGGCGCUGCGGCUCGCCGGCCGGAAUUUACAGCGCCAUUUGCCGAAGAAAUUAUCCUCCCGGCGUCUUUUUCUCCCCUUUUCCCGAGGCGAUAGAGCGGCGGCGUCCUCCACGGGGAACCGGGCGGAAGAUUUACAAGGCUGUUGACCGGGGAAAAUGAUCGCGUAAUUGCGGUCCCGCGUGUGCGCGGCGGAUGUAGCGGGCCCAGUCGGGACGCUGCGCCACUUCCGGUACACCGAGGAAUCCGUGCUGUGGCCGAUCGAUUUUGUUAGACGCCAACUACCACUCGACCUGCAUUCGAUCCUCUCGAGUUUCGUCUUCGCGAAGGUAACCCCAGAGCGGGGGCUGAAGAAUUUUUUCGUUAUGACUCGGUCGCGAGGAUGUCUCGGGUUGGGUUAGGUCUCUUCGAGGAGGCUGUGGAGAUGAGGAAUUUCUCUUUCUCUUCUCCAUUGGAUGAGGAAUAUUUUUUUUUUUUAUUUUUUUGUUUCGAGAGAGGUUGGUAUCUCGGUGUGCAGGAUGUGAUUUUUUGAUGAUCGAGGGAUAGGGGUGUUUUUGAUGUUUGUUGUACAGUUGUUGCGUAACGUUGUGUGAUGGUUGAUGCGACGACCAUGCGUUUUGUACAUUUGUUGAUACUUCGCGUACUGGUUGUGAACGCCC